AUGCAUACAUCUACCAAGAAGUGGAAGGCGCCUCGUAUCCAGGCCCGCGAAGAGGGUCUGCGAAAGUUGAGGGGAAGAAAGUAUCUCUGCCCAGAGUCGACAUUCUACACAGAGCACUUUAAUUUCCAGCAGCAUGAAACAAUCAUGCUUAAGGAGAAGGAGUUGCGACUUGAGAAAUCUGCACCAGUUUACAUACCCGUUGAGCCUUUUGGUGGAAAGAUCUUUGCUCCUUCCCUGCACGAGAUCUAUGAUGAGGCUUACCCAUACAGCAUACACAACACUUUGGAAGGCAAGUUUUUGCAAACUACCCUCAGUCCUGUCCUUUGCAUGCCCACGAUCUGGCAGGGCGAUUUGAGAAAGAACAAGCAAUACAUCUAUCCUUACGACGGUUACGUCGACACGGCGGUCGCGCUCUAUCCUGGUAUCCAAGAACUCAAGUUUGAGGGUCCUGACAGAACUGCCUCGUUGCAGAGCCACCGUCGUUUCUUCCCUGCCCCACGCCAUCCCUGCAAUCAAACUGUCAAUUGGAGUGUCAGACCUUAUCUCAGGCCUCACAACUUCGACGCAAUUGUGGAGAACGACAUGCCUAGCGAGGAGCAAAUCUUCACCCACGAUUGGGAGAUUGGCCUACCUGACGAUGAAGAUCUCCAGAUCGGUCUUCCAUUCCCGGUCAACGAGGUCAACAAGAGCAACGACAAUUUCUCGGGCAAGAAGACUGCCGGCGAAGAGCCUGUUGGCGCUGAGCCUGCUGUCCAAGAGCCCGCUAUCCAAGAGCCCGCUAUCCAAGCAAAUGAGGAUCCUUACGGCGGUAACAAGGCUGCUCGCCUUCUUGGCAAUGAUCUGUUCUCGGCUCUCGAUCCUCAAAAUGUUUACGCUUGA